AUGUACGGCGACAAAAAAGUCACCACUGAUGCCAAGCAAGCCUAUGAAUGGAUGAUGCAAACUUUUGCCGAUGCAGACACCAUCGUCAACCGUGCGCAAGCUGGUUUAGAUACGCUUGCAGCCCAGCCUGAAGUGAAUCCCACUCAACUGGCGGCGAUUGGUUUUUGUUAUGGCGGUAAAGUGGUUUUAGACUUAGCUCGCUCAGGCGCACCACUAAAAGCAGUGGUGACUUUCCAUGCAACAUUGGCACCGAAAGCCCCUGCGGUCGAAGGUCAAAUUCAAGGUGAAAUUUUAGUUUUACAUGGUGAGUUAGACAGCAUGGUCACCUUGGAUGAUGUUGCCAGCUUCCGUGAAGAAAUGCAUGCGGCAAAAGUGGACCAUGAAGUAAUCAUUUUUGAAGAUGCGAAGCACGGUUUUAGCAACCCAUUGGCCGAUGAGCGUGCCAAAGCCAAUGGCGUAGACUUGGGCUAUAACCCAGAAGCAGAAAGACAAGGGCUAGAUGCAAUGUAUGACUUGCUAGAACGCAAUCUCAAUGCGUUACUGACUUGGUUCGAUGUUCAUGGUCGACAUGACCUGCCAUGGCAAGUGGCCGAUGAUCCCUACAAAGUCUGGGUGUCUGAAAUUAUGCUGCAACAGACCCAAGUCAAAACCGUGCUGCAAUACUUCGAGCGUUUUAUCGAACGCUUCCCAACGGUUGCAGCUUUAGGGACAGCAUCAUGGGAUGAGGUCGCACCUUACUGGGCAGGUCUGGGCUACUAUGCCCGUGCACGUAAUCUGCAUAAAGCCGCAGGGGUUGUGGCACGUCAGGGGCACUUUCCUCAAACUUUAGAGGACUGGAUUGAACUGCCAGGUAUUGGUCCAUCAACCGCAGGGGCGCUGAUGUCUUUGGGUUUACGUCAGUACGGCGUCAUUAUGGAUGGCAACGUAAAACGCGUGCUCGCGCGUUUUUUUGCCAUUGAGGAUGAUCUAAGCAAACCUGUGCAUGAACGCAGCAUGUGGCAACUGGCCACUGAACUCUGUCCAACUGAACGUAACCACGACUAUACCCAAGCCAUCAUGGAUUUGGGGGCAACCGUCUGUACCCCUAAAAAACCGCUGUGUUUAUACUGCCCAAUGCAGCAACACUGUAAGGCCCAUGCACAAGGUCUAGAAACUGAACUGCCUUUUAAAAAGCCCAAGAAAGCUGUACCUGUGAAGUCUGCCCAAAUUUUGGUGCUGCGUCAUCACAAUCAAUGGCUGUGGCAACAGCGUCCCAAUAGUGGACUGUGGGGCGGUUUAUGGUGUUUACCUAUUUUUGAAAAUCGUGAUGAACUCACGCAACUGUGCCAAAGUCUAGGACUGAAACAAGUCUCGCAACGCGCUGAAAUUUCGCAUAGUUUCACCCAUUUCACUUGGCAACUGGAAGCGCUUUGCUUUGAAGUCGAUGCCGAUCAACUCGAACAUUUAACUUGCCGUACCACGCCGCCUGCGCCGAGUGGAAGCCAAUUACCUGCCUCACAAGUCCAACAGCUGAAAAACAUGCGUUUAGCUCAGCAGCUGCCUGUACCCGUUCAAGGCAUUAAACGUCAUGGACUCACAGAUACUUGGGGAGCGUCCCGCAGUAGCGGACGGACGCAUGAAGGCAUCGACAUUCUGGCUCCACGUGGAACAAAAGUUUUUUCUGCCACAGAAGGUCUCGUUGCAGACUUACGCAAUAACAAUUUGGGUGGUAAAGUGGUUUGGAUUAUGGGGCCAGCAGGCACUUGGCAUUACUACGCUCAUCUUGAUGACCAUAAACGCGGCUUAAGUGUCGGCGACUAUGUCAAAAAAGGCGACCUGAUCGGCUAUGUCGGCAAUACAGGCAAUGCACGGCACACAGCCCCACAUUUGCAUUAUGGACUUUAUUUACAAGAAGCGUUGAUCAACCGUCUGGUCGAAUUUGCUGAAUCAGGCAAUCAACAAAAAAUCAUCUUGGCUGGACAAAACCACCAAGGUUGGAUCAUGGAAAUUACCGAAGAUGCGCUUUUAAUCAGUACUGGAUUUGCUGAAAAAACAGGAAAAGAUGUUUGGAUUAACUUUUCCGACCUCGAACACGCCCAAUUGUUUUAUUGGGACAAUCAACACGACCAAUGGGCACCUUUUACCCUAUAA